AUGACUGUUAUAUAUUUAACCGACGAUUGCAUUUAUCAUAUUUUAAAUUAUCUUCAAAAUAAUCGUUCAACAUUAUUUAAUUGUUUAUUAGUAAAUAGAUUUUGGAGUAAAGUUACUAUUCCUUUACUUUACGCAAAUCCUUUUUCACGAUUAAAGGAUGGAAAUAAAUCUUUAAUCAUAAAUACAUUUCUUUUAUGUUUAAAUGAAGAAGAAAGAAAUUAUUUAAUUAAACGGAAUAAUAUUCAGAAAAAAUUAAAUUCAAAAUUAUUUCAAAGGAAUGAAAUUAAAUUAAUUUAUGAAUAUCCAAAAUAUAUUAAAAAACUUUCAAAAUUUUCAAUUUAUAAUUCUAUUGACCAUUGGUAUAGACAACAAAUCAAAAUAACUUUUAAUAAUAAUGAUAAUAUUAAUAAUAAUAAUACUUUAAAUGAUAAUAUGCCACUUUUUAUUAAAGCAACAUUUUAUCAUAUGUUUUUAAGAAAAAGUAAUUAUAUCAGAGAUUUAGAAAUUUCUUUAAAUUUACUUAAACAAGAUAUAUUUGAUAUUAAUAGUAUUAUUAUUAAUGAUAUUAAAAUUUCUAAUUUAAUUAUUUUAAGAUUAAAUUCUUGUUAUUAUAAAACUCAUGAAAUUUUUUAUAAGUUUUUAAAAACAAUUUUAAAAAAUUGUAAAAAUCUUAAAAGAUUAGAUUUAAUGGAUAUUGAUCUUUAUUAUAAUUCAAAUGAAAUUUCAUCAAUUAUUAAACAACAAAAUGAAUUAAAAGAAUUUAAUUUUUAUGGUUUUUAUAAAUUAUCAUCAAAUGAUAUUUUUUCAUCUUUAGAAUAUCAAAAAAAUUCUUUAAUUUCCUUAAAAUUUCAUGAUAUUAAUUUUCAACAUUGUAUUUUACAAAAUGUAAUUAAAUUACAUAAUUUAAAAUCAUUGGAAAUCAUUUAUUGUUAUGGAAUGACAUUAGAAUUAUGUCAAAUUUUUGAAUUUGCUUCAUUUAAACUUAAAGAAUUAAGUAUUAAAAAUAUUUGGGGAAGUAAUAUUACAUCAAAAAUUAUUAAAUAUUUAGGAAAAUAUUUACAAAGAUUGAAAAUUGAAAAUAUUAAUGUUGAAAUUAUGAAUUCAAUAAUUCAAUAUGGUUUAGAACUUAAAACAUUAGAUAUUUAUUCAGGUUGUCAUAUAAAUUUAUCAAUUUUACCUUAUUUAAAAAAUUUAAAAAUCAAAAAUCUUAAUAUAUAUUUAAAUGCAUUUAUAAUUGAAUCAUUUUUUACUAAAUUAGCAGAAAAUUUAUCAAAUACAAUAACUAAAAUUUCUUUUGUUACAGCUGUAAAUGAGAUUAGUUUAUUAAAAUUUUUGAAUGGUUGUUAUUAUAAUAAUCAAAUAAUUAAUUUAAAUAGUUUAAAUUUUAAUCAAAAAUUUGAAUUAAAACAUCUUGAAAUUAUUUUAAAUUAUAUUAAAAAUAAGAAUUUUAAUUUGAAAUAUUUAGGAAUUUGUGGUUUAGAUAAAAUUUGGAAUAUUAAAGAAUUAAUUUUAUUGAAUCAAAUUAAGGAGAAAGGAAUCAAAUUGGUGGAAUUUAGAGAUAAUUUUAAGGAGUGUGAUUAUCAACUUUCAGAUUAUUAA